UCUCUCCAUGGCUCCCAAACACCACCUCCUCCUUCUCCUCCUCAUCCUCUCAACCUACACCUCUUUCCAAACAAACCCCAAUAACCAAACCUAUUUCUUCCAUCUCAUCAACAACUACGCCUCGGGGAACUCUCUCUCCAACUGGGAUUACACCAAUGGGAAGACCUACUGCUACUACGCCGGCGUCACCUGCGACGACGAGCAAAACAUAGUCGGAAUCGACAUCUCCGGCUGGUCACUGUCCGGGACAUUUCCCCCCCAAGUAUGCUCUUAUCUUCCAAAGCUCCGCCUUCUCCGCCUCGGCCAUAACAACUUCCAUGGCGAGCUCCCUCUCAUCGCCAACUGCUCCUUCUUGGAAGAGCUCAACGCCAGCUCGCUGUAUCUCACAGGACAUCUGCCCGACUUCACGCCGUUGAGCUCGUUGAGGGUGCUUGAUCUCUCCUACAACCUCUUCUCAGGCGAUUUCCCUCUCUCACUCACCAACCUCACCAAUCUUGAGGUGCUCAACUUCAACGAGAACCCUCUCUUCAACUUGUGGGAGCUGCCGGAGACCAUAGCUAAGCUGAUAAAGCUCAAGUCCUUGAUUCUGUCCACGUGCAUGCUGCGUGGGAAGAUCCCGACCUCAGUUUGGAACAUCACUCCCCUCAUUGAUCUCGAGUUGAGCGGGAACUAUCUAGCCGGCCGCCUUCCAAAAGAAGUCGGCCUGCUCCAGAAUCUGCAGCACCUCGAGCUCUACUACAACGAGCUGGAAGGGGAGAUUCCGGUGGAGAUUGGGAAUCUCACGCAGCUCGUCGAUUUAGACAUGUCCGUUAACAAGCUGAGCGGCAGGAUUCCGGCUUCCGUUUGUCGCCUUCCAAAACUAAGAGUGUUCCAGCUCUACAACAACAGUCUUGUAGGAGAAAUCCCAUCUGAUAUUGCGAAUUCGACGAGCUUAAACACGCUGUCUCUGUACGAGAAUCUCCUCAGCGGAGAAGUCCCGAGAGAUCUCGGGAGAUCAUCGGCCAUGGUUGCGUUGGACUUGGCGGAGAAUGAGCUCUCCGGGAGGCUGCCGGAGGGGCUGUGCAGUGGGGGAAAAUUGAACUACCUCCUGGUGCUGCAGAACAAAUUCACGGGAGAAAUCCCCAAGAGUUAUGCAGAAUGCAAGUCCAUUGUAAGAUUUCGAGUUAGUAAUAACAAUCUAGGAGGCGAGAUACCACAAGGGGUAUUCUCACUGCCUCUUGCAUGGAUCAUUGAUUUGGGAUAUAAUAAUUUCGUGGGUUCCAUAUCACCAAGUAUUGGAAAUGCUAAAAAUUUGUCGCAGCUCUUCUUGCAAGGGAAUAGGAUUUCAGGUUCCAUCCCCGCAGAGAUCUCUCUCGCAACAAGCCUUGUCAAGAUCGAUCUCAGCAACAAUCUUCUCUCCGACGCCAUUCCUUCUCAGAUUGGGAGCUUGAGACGCCUCAACAUUUUGAUGCUACACGGCAACAAGCUCAAUUCUUCCAUACCGGAAUCCCUAUCUUCCUUGAAGUCUCUCAACGCUCUUGAUCUCUCACAGAAUUGCCUCACUGGUGAAAUCCCAGAAAGCAUGAGCAAAUUAUUGCCUGCUUCCUUGAACUUUUCCAACAACCAUCUCUCCGGUGUGAUACCAAUCCCAUUCACAAAGGGAGGUAUGUUGGAGAGCUUUGUUGGCAAUCCAAACCUCUGUCUACCUGCAGAAAUCCAUUCAUCAUCACCCCAGAAUUUCUCCAUAUGCUCCCAAAGAUUAAUCCAUAGCAAGAAAAACACAAAAUGUGUUUGGUUAACAGCUAUUUUGUUUAUGUUAGCAAUCGCGCUUCUUGGGAUGGUCCUAGUUUUAAAGAGAUGGUAUGGGAAAGAGAGAAAGGUUGUGGAAACUGAGGAUCACACAUUGUCAUCAUCAUGCUUCUCAUACGACAUGAAAAGCUUCCACCGUUUGAGCUUCGAUCAACGAGAGAUCACGGACGCCAUGGUGGAGAAGAACAUCGUGGGAUACGGGGGCUCAGGCACGGUGUACAAGAUCGAGCUGAGCAGUGGAGAAGUUGUGGCGGCGAAGAAGCUGUGGAGCCGGAAAGCUUCGGAGGAGCAGGUGGUUAUGGAGAAGGAGCUUGUAACAGAAGUGGAGACUCUGGGAAGCAUAAGGCACAAGAACAUCAUGAAGCUGUAUAGCUACUUGUCGAGCCUCGACUGCAGCUUGCUGGUGUAUGAAUACAUGCCCAAUGGGAAUCUGUGGGAUGCCAUACACAGAGGGAAAGUGGUGUUGGAUUGGCCUAUUCGACACCAGAUCGCGGUCGGGGUCGCCCAGGGAUUGGCCUACCUACACCACCAUCUCAUGCCUCCCAUCAUUCAUAGAGACAUCAAGUCCACUAAUAUACUCUUGGAUGUCAAUUAUGAAGCCAAACUUGCUGAUUUCGGAAUUGCAAAGAUCCUUCAAGCAAGAGGCUCUAAGGAUUCUACCACGACUGUUAUUGCAGGAACUUAUGGUUACUUAGCACCAGAAUACGCGUAUUCUUCAAGGGCGACUACCAAGUGUGAUGUGUACAGCUUCGGAGUGGUGCUACUUGAGCUGGUGACGGGGAAAAAGCCGGUGGAGGCGGUGUUUGGUGAGGGCAAAAACAUUGUGUCUUGGGCGAGUGGGAAGGCGGAGGGGGGUAGAGAUGUGGUGGAUAAGCGAGUGUCGGGGUUGUACGAGGAUGACAUGCUCAAAGUCCUCACCAUCGCCCUGCGUUGCACGUGCGGAGCUCCGGCGCUGCGCCCCACCAUGAACGAAGUCGCGCAGCACCUCAUUGAGGCAGACCCUUGCAAAUUCAACUGCUGCAAGUUUUCCAAAGAUGUUCAAGGAAUAUUGCCAGACCCUACUAAACCUAAAGACCUCAUAUUUUAAAUUUGCCUUUUCUUUAAUUUGUUAUUUUUGUUUUGGAUCACUACAAAAAAUAUAUAUGUCACUAUUCUCUCUUUACAGUCACCCCCACAUAUGCACCCAUUUUCCCCUAUCUUGUUUGCAUAUUCAUGAGAAUUUAGGCCACGUAUAUUUGUUGCUUUAUUUCUGGCAAGGUCUGUGACAUCCAUGCAUAUUCUUGUAUUGACCCAAAAAAGGAAAUAAUUAUCCUCUCUAUAUUUAUACUUCAA